CCGAGGUGACGCGCGCGCUCUCCUCAACAUCUCUCUACAGCUUUCUUCAGGUGCGAAACCUUGCUGCACUCCGACGUCUCACUCGUGUCGUGGUGCUUCGUCUCCUUCUUCGUCGCGUUCGACGCGUCAUGACACUUACCUCGUCGAAGAACUAUCAAAGUUGUUGCUCACAGUUUCUAGCCGUGACUUGUUGCAGUGUAGUGCGCUGAAACUGUGCUAGUGUGUUGUUCCACUGAAGUCAAAGCAUUAUAUCAAGGAACUGGAGCCUGUGACUUGUGCGUUGUCGACGUGUUCGGACAGCGAUUCAAUAUAAUGAUGUCCCUGCUGCUGCUCCUUCUGGCGGCGAUAUUCGUCUUUGCGGUGGUGCUGGUGGUGACGUAUCUCACCUACAGACGCCUCUACGACCAUCUUCAGUUCAAGCCCCAAGUGCUAGACAAUAGCCCGGUGCAUGUGAAGGUAGCGCCAAGCCGUACGUCGAGCUCCUCGAACAUGCUGUCAAUCAAGAUCAGCCACAGCCUACCUGAGUUGGUGCAUCCAAGCCCAGUGGUUGAAGCCACUGACCCAAAGAAAGGGGCCCCUCUGCGACAAAUCACGCUGCCGGCGGUUCCCACUCGCCACCUAACCUUCCAGCGACAGCUGGCACAUAGGUUGGACUUUGGAAGCGUGCCCUUUGAAGUCUGCAACAUACAGCAACGAGAGAGUCACGACUCAGUCGGAGCCAUUCAGCCCGAACUCUAUGACCAGGAGGGAACGGCGGCGGCUUUAGAGGCAGCCGAAUCGCCAGCGCUAACAACUUCCUGCGGAAAGCUUCUCUUCACCCUCAAGUACGACCUCGACAUCGAGGGCCUUGUGGUCAGGAUCUUACAGGCUAAGGACCUGCCAGCGAAGGAUUUUCUCGGUUCCUCUGACCCAUACAUCAGGAUCUACCUCCUGCCAGACCGGAGAAAAAAGUAUCAAACAAGGGUACACAGAAAGAACUUGAACCCAGUGUUCAAUGAGUCCUUCGUGUUCUCAAUGCCCCUGGAAGAACUGCGGCAUAGAACGUUGCAGUUUUCCGUCUACGACUUUGACCGCUUCUCACGCAAUGAUCUCAUUGGCCACGUCGUCGUCAAGCGGCUCCACGAACUCUGUGACGUCACCCACGAGAUGGAGUACUUCGUGGAUAUUCUUGGUGUACCACAGGAAAAACUGGACAAGCUUGGAGAGGUGAUGAUCUCCCUGUGUUACCUGCCAACUGCCGGUCGGCUCACUGUGACGGUGAUUAAAGCACGUGACCUCAAACCUAUGGACAUCAGCGGAUCUUCAGAUCCCUAUGUCAAGGUGAUCUUGGUGUGCGAAGGAAAACGGAUCAAGAAGAAGAAAACGUCAGUGAAGAAGUCAACGUUGAACCCGGUCUUCAACGAGGCGUUGGUGUUCGACGUACCGCCAGAAAACGUCGAUGACGUCAACCUGGCCGUUAAAGUCGUCGACUACGACAGGGUAGGACCAAACGAGCUCAUGGGGUGCUGUGCCAUCGGUACAUUAGCCGUCGGAGUGGGACGGGACCACUGGCUCUCAGCGAUCGACAAUCCCAGGAAACCUUCAGCUCAGUGGUACCCGCUCGUCGAGAGUCUUCCUGCGGAACUGGACCCACCGCGUACACCCUCUGUCACGUGUAUAAAGUGAUCACCUCACGGUUCCAAGUCGAUUUUGUCAACUCGCCCGUAUGGUCCGAGACUCGUUAGAGUGCGAGUCUUUCCAGUGCAAGGACAAUUCUGUGAACAACCCGGUCUGCGAGCGUUCUUUCAUGUAUAUGCGUGGAAAACAGAGGAUAAACGCAAUGUGGUUGCAAUGCGUUUUCGUGUUUGCAUUGUUAUGGGAAAGGCGAAUUGAAGAAAUAAUGAAUGUGAAUGUUGGAAGUGGGGGAAAAAGCCUUUCUAGCGGCUAUACACUGUAAGCAUUAGUCAAGGCUUGAGGCCAUUGUCAGCUAUAUAAGACACAAAUGGCUUUGACGGAAGCGUGAUUGCCCCGCCCUCUGGCGGGGGUGUACGAGUGUGACUGUACGCUGUCUGGCAGCGCCAGCGAAAUGCCGGACUAAUCCCGCGGAAAACCCAAAAGUACGUUGAUCGUUCAUCGUAGUCUCUGGAAAGCCCAUUUCCUUGAAUCAAAGUUGUACGAGGUCUGUCUGACAGAACUAUGCUAGACGUCACCGAACGUGGAUAUGUAAAAAGCUAUGGAAGGCUUCCUCUGUGCCGUGCUUUCUCGGCCCUGUGUAUAAUGAAGUGAAAACAUUUGUGUUUUGAAUAUGACGUAUGUUCGUCGGCCUCUCCUCUUUCCGACGUGCAAUCAAACCUUCUGCCUCAGAAUGGUCUUCCAGGAUCACGGAAUCUGCAUGCCUGCCGUGUAAACCCAAGCAUGACUUUCGCCUAUUUCUGUGACAUAUGCUAUAUGAACCCCCGACUCUAGCCCAUGCUAAUUCCAAAUAUUAGUGUUGCCUUUUUGCAGUGAUUACUGUUUCGCCCACGCACACACUCACACGCACGUGAUUUCGAUGUCUACACAGACCUUUUUUUGUCAAUUUUGGUGUUCCUCGCACGCACUGACCAUCAUCAAUCGCAAGUGAUAAAUGUCGUGAAGCCCAGUUCGUUGUCGUUGCUUCGUGUUCAGCAAGUAAUCACGCAAACAACACUGAUUUGACUUUGUGUGUAACCUUAGUAAUCCGUGCGAAGUAAGUACCACGAUCUAACCCACCAUCAACUUAUUGUAUUUCCUUGAUCACCACCUCAUGUGUCCACUGUACUGUAACUGUUUCCACCAUAGCUAACCUUAAUGGCUAGUGUUUCUAGCAGGGUGAAAAUUUAGAGCUUUCGCGCGCGUGUUGAAAAUUAAUUUGAUACUUCGUUACAUAUGUACGUUGCCUGUCAUUUGUUACCAACGCGGAAUGUGCUGACGCGGUCGAAAACGUCAACGACAUGUUAUUUAGUGCGCUUUUAGCUGUCGUACAUGUGGAAAUGUAUAUUGUUACUGCGUUCUGUUAAUGUGUUCAGUUUAUUCGUUUGACAGUUGCAUGUCUUCCGUUUCAAAGAGAAGGGAAUGCCGGCUUGCCCUUCUGAAACGGUGUGUUAAAAAGUGCUUGGCCAUGUUAUUUAAUGCAAUGUUCAUUGUGGUGCAUAGGAACGUUUUUUUUUUUUUUUUUUUUUUUUGCGUUGCAUCGCGCGUUUUGCUACUGCAUCUUGUUAAAGGGGCACUAAAAUGCAAAAACAAGUUUACUUGAAAUAGCGUUAAGGGCUAUGUUAAUUUCGUGCUUGUUAUCAUAAUUCGAAACUUUGACUCCGUUACGAAGCCUACAAUCAAAAUUAUACAGGACUCUUUCCUGCUUCGGCGCUAAGCAGCGAACGCCGUUUCAGCUCGUGAUUCGGUGUCUUUAGACCACGACCUACUAGAUUAUAACGACCAUGUCACAAUCAGAAAACCCUAUGAGGAGCCUGUCCGCACGAUCCGCCAGGGGCGCUACUGAUCGGCACAACACGAUUGGACGAUGGAAAUUUGAAUUCUGAACGCGCAGAAGCGUGUGUACGACCACCGUAGCAGACGACAGUGACAGCUCCUAUGAAACCGCGUAGAAUGAUGAUGAUAAUCAACCUCAGAAUGAAACAUCUGUGGAACGUCCACCGCCUGUACAGAAAUACUAAGGUAAGCUGAAGUACAAAGUAUUGUAGAAGUUGAGGAAGCAAUAACUGGGACGAUUAGAAGCGCCACCGCUACCUUCCAAAAAAAUGCGGCGCAUAGAAGGGGUGCGCCUGACAUGGUCGUUAUAAUCUAGUAGGUCGUGCUUUAGACCGUGCCGCGCGUGCACGCGCGUGCCACACCACGGUGCGGUCCCGGUAAAAAAUAUAGUGCGCGUUGCGAAGCGGAGUGGCGUCGCUGUUCGAAGGACCGGAAGGUAAACGGAAAAUUCGCGAGAACCGUUGUGGGCUACAACUCAGUGAAUCGGUAUUGAAAAAUGCGGCAGUGCGCAUCACGUCGCGCAUGUAUACGGAACGCUACGAUCGGACCCGUUUCAAAUCCACACUCCCACACGACAGGUUUGCGCGCGCUUCUCCUGCUGUCUCAUUGGACAUUCUCUCAUUGUCUCCUGGGGAUCCCAUUCGUUGCAGCAAAAGACGGCUCCGUUUUCAAUCCGUUUUUCUUCUAAACGGUAGCGUAGUGUGAACUAAUUUUGUUUGAAUUGCACGCACGGACUUUCAUUUGAGAGCAAGUUGCUUUUGCAUUUUAGAGCCCCUUUCAUGAGUUUCGUUAAUUCGCUUAUGAGACGCAUCUCUUGUGUUUCAGAAAAAAAAAACAAUACUCUAACUAACAACAUUUAAUACGCUUACGCUGUUAAUUGUCGUGAGAUACGUGAUGGUACUCCAUAUAUUUUCGUGGUCCGGUUUGCCAACGCAUUUCGUUUGACAUUUGUGUGUAUUCACUUUCAGAAAGGCGGAAACGCUAUUCUGCCUGAUAAGCAUAAGCGUGCGGACCCAUUUUUUAAAGUGCCGAAUUAAAGCAAUAGGCAUGGAGAUGCAACAUGUACCGCGGAAUCUUGUAAGAUUCUACACGUUAUAAUGGCGAACUCAUAAUCGAGUUUGUAGGAUUUUCAUGUGCGCACAAAUGCAAUUUACUUUUAACGUAGUCCAGUUGUAAGUGCAGCGCUAUGUAAUGCAAUGUCGCAUGAUGGCUUUUAACUAAAACAAAUUGCUCAAAUUCGUUUUGUAUGGAUAUUGGCAUACCGCUUCGCUGAUGUGAUAAUAUACGACUUGUGUUCACCUUGUCGUCAUAGUUCGAGCAAGCUUUGUGUAACAUCAUAAAGUCAAUACAAUACAAUACAAUACACCCUGUACAAUAUAUCCGCGCGAAUGUAUCUGCUUCUGUACAUUAAUGUGUACAAUACAAUUGCUUUGAAAUUUAUUCCUAAUGAUAACCUUGUAAAUAGGAGCUCUAUCGGUAAACAUCCCCGUAUUCAUCGCAGAUCUCUUGAUGUCAAUGUAGUCAAUGACAUCAAGGUUUGUAUAUGAUUCAAUGUUCGUGAGUAAAGCGUAUAUUACUUGUCUCCGCAGUGUAGGAUGAAGCCUGUUGAAUUUUCGUUUUGUACUUUUGGCGCAGUUUUAAUACGAGUUACAUGCACACCGUGUUGAGGCUAUUCCGGAAUGUAAGGUCUAGAGUCUUGUUUGUCGAUUGCAUCUCGGUGUGCACGUUGUAAUUUUGCCCAACAGGUACAGGUUGUGCUAAAAGAUAUUUUGUUACGAGAGGUUGGAGGAGGAAGUGCGAAGGUCAACGUUCGAGACAAGUAUGCUGUGUAUGAGCAUAAAGGAAUAAAGGAUUCAAUUAUUUUUA